AUGGCUGUCCAGUUACCAGUCAAACACACUAUUGUAGCAUUAUAUGUCGCUCAUGCACAUAAUUUGAAAUUUGCCAAUAGCACCAUAGCCUCACAUCUGUCAGCUAUCGCAUAUUGGCACAGCCUACAUGGGUUUGCUGACCCAACAAAGUCAUUUUUAGUCAGAAAAGCAAUCCGUGGAGCAGCCAGUCUAGCCCCCACAUAUGAUAUCAGGUUACCAAUCACAUUGCCAAUCUUAGAGCGUUUAUGCUCUGCAGUCCCGACAAUUCUGAACAAUGUUGUCCAACAAAAUUUGGUUGUGGCUGUGUUUGCUGUAGCCUUCUACAGCUUAGCACGCAUUGGGGAACUGCUAGGACAUUGUUCUCUGGGUACAUCUCCAAAGAAAGUAGUACAGUUAGAUGAUGUCACUUUUGAGGCAGAUGGUGCUGUUCUAAAACGUAUGCAUAUUACUUAUAGGGAGUUCAAACAUAACAUUUCAGGGAAACCUCAUGUGAUACCUGUUGAGGCGAACACUACAAGUAACACAUGUCCAGUUACAUCCUUGUACAAUUACAUAAAAAUGAGAGGUUCUUCCCCUGGGGCUUUAUUUAUAGACGAGUUGGGUCAGCCUUUUCCACGGGCAAGAUCUGAGUCUAUCACAAGGCGUUGUCUGGUGUUUUGCGAUUUGGACGUGGCUAGAUACAAAGGCCACAGCUUUCGCAUCGGAGGUGCCUCCUAUGCGGCAGCCAAAGGCUUCACAGAUGCACAAAUUAGGUUAUUAGGUCGCUGGAAGACAGAUGCAUUCAAGAGGUACAUACGCUCUCCUUCGCUAUAA